UCCACCGGUUGUCCCUUUUUUUUUUUCAAUGAAAAGGCAUUAGAUUAGCUUAUUCUUCAAGCUGACAAUUACGGAACUUGAAUCGCUCGACUCCAUUCUGCUGUCUCGACGAUCGCAUACUGAAGACAGAGAGAGGGAGGGUGAAAGGGCAUCUACAUCAACCUGAAUACACACUUGCGAGAAAGAUUGCUUGAAAUAGUUUUUGGGAACUUCAUUCGGCUUAGAAAUGGAGAAUGAUAACGAUUUCACUUUUUGUCAGGUUGGUCCACCAGGCAACCAGGAUGGUUAUGAGACAAAGAAGCUCACUUCAGAUAUAGAAAACAUUACCAUAAAGGAUGGAUUUUCAAAUGGAACUAGUAGUAAUGAGAAUAGAGGUGUUCUGUGGCAAGGUGGAUUACCAGGAGGAGCCACUUCCAAAAAACAGGAAACAGUUGGUUCUUUGUCUGUCAGUGUCAUUGAUGCAUCAUCCAUGAAAAAGAAAUCUGAAGUUCCGAAGCAACUAAAAUCAGGUGAUGCUGGAAAGUCAGUGAAGCCUGCAACUCGUGCUAAAGUUCCUUUUGAGAAGGGGUAUAGCCAAAUGGAUUGGCUCAAACUUACUCGAACACAUCCUGACCUUGCAGGUUUAAAGGGACAAUCAAAUAAGAGGCUUAUUUCACUGAAUGAAGUUAAACAGCACCAAAAGGGAGAUUCAAUGUGGACUGUUCUAAAAGGCCGUGUGUACAAUUUGUCUCCAUACAUGAGAUUUCACCCUGGAGGUGUUGAUAUUCUAAAGAAGGCUGUGGGAAAAGACUGCACAUCUUUGUUCAAUAAUACCAUGCUUGGGUGAAUGCUGAAUUUUUACUCGAGAAAUGUCUCGUUGGUACUUUAGACGAUGGUGAAAGGCAACAUUCCAGUCAUUCGGAAUCUUCGGCCCCCUCAUGAUACCGGCAGAUUGGUACAUCAAUUUAUUUUCCUAUUACCACACUGGACAAUUUUAUAUUUUCAUUUUCGAAGACACACUUCUCACACAUUGUGCCAUGUUGUCAAAUUGAGAUGUUGUAUAUUAUUGUUUCAUAAGCAUUAGAGAUGUUCUUACAUUCUAUGGAACUUUAUUGCAUGUUCAAUGAAAUAAUCAAAAGUUUAAUUCAUGUUAA